AGUGCACUGUUCGUGGCGAUCUUAACCGCAAAAGCUGUUUCCAGGGCUUUGUUCAUGUGCAAACGGCUGGUAUGCCGGUAAAGAGUUGGUCGUUUUAUGCGAUUGUCGUUCCUCUUCAAUGGUAUCAUUUCCAGGAAUUAUCCAACGCUGUACACAGGGUUCCAACAAGUUUUCGACAUUUUCGUGCGUGAAAACAACGCACCGCGGAUUUGCCUUAUGCCCUGCGCUGGCGGGGGCACUGUGCCCUGGGCGUUAAGACAAGUUGGUGGCGGUGACGGCGGCGGCGAACGGGGAAAGUGAAACCGAGAGAGACUUGUGUAGCUCCCACCGCCACUUCUGUGUGACGCGUACCACAAACCAGAAUCGUUCGUGUGUGUGUCAGUGGUUCAGCCUAUUUGCGUAUAUGAAAUGUUGUUUGAAACCAUAUUACAGUUCUGGUAUGCCAUGCCACAAGUGAGCGGACGACCCGAAUGGCGACCGUGAACUGGGCUCGUGAGCAAAACAAAACAAUUGUGAGCAUCGUGAGUGUUUUCGUACGGUCACCAGUGGUCCACAGCUCAGUCCUGGGCCCUACUCGCGGGUCAAGUGCAUCCGAAGUAAGCGGGCGAGUGUAUCUGUAGUUUAGGAGACUUAAACGAGCGUUGAGGUCGCAAACACGUCUUCAAUCAACCUCACGCUAGGUGGUGUUCAUCGACGACGACGACGAUCGUCGUCUGGUGGUGGUGGUGACCAAAGAAACGAGGAAGAACGCGCAUCGAACCAGCGGAACAAAAUGAAAAUACACCAUCGUCAAGCACGGGUAACGGGCAGCGCAUUAAACAAUCACAACCCUCAUAACCGUCAUCACCGCCAGAAUCAGCAUCCACUUUACUAUCAGCACACCCGUCAGCAUCAGCAUCAACAACAGCAACGCAAUCAACCGCAGCCACUGAUCUCGCAGCACCAUCGCGACACCACUGUUGACUGCCAGAAAAUUAGACACUUAUCACUACCGUGCAACUGUCGCCGCCGCCAACGGGAGCAAAAUAUCGGAUUAGCCCAGCAGUCGGCCCCCACGUCGACCACGUUGUUGUUUUCAGCUCGGCGUCGGAUUCGAAAGUGCACGCAAGUGGCGUCCACUCCGCCGAGUGCAUCCUUCCGUUGGGCACUAGUCAUUGGCCACGGGUGCAGCAGCGAUAAUCACGAUCGAACGUGAAAAAAUAACCAGACGAUAGCGUGUAUUUAUACGGGCUGCAGCUUCCAUCCGUGUUUGUUUACGUCACUGACGUAUACCGCCGAGCUGAGAUCCAACCUUGCGCGCACUAAAUCUUUCGCGUCAAGAAAGCUCUCGAAGGAUCGCCGCCCGUUGGUUCAACUGCUUACACCGUUAUUCAGAAAUCGAAGAAUCCGAAGCGAAGCUAGUGUGUGCCUGUGCUAAUUUUCUACGGCUACGGUGAUACGUUUUGUUGUGCGGCACCAACGAUCUUGAAAAACACGACAGCUCCCACGAGUUUGAUUAACGAAUUGAUCGUAGAAAAUAGAUCUCGUGUGCGAAUAAGUUUGACGUUAAACAGAACGACGGUGCUUCAAUUUCCGGCUGUGUGCUGAGCCUGAAUUUCAUUUCCACGGCGGAAGCUAAAAACAAAAGCAAUGAACGCAAGUGCUUUGAAGCUGGGUUUAGUACUACUCAUUAUGCUGUCAACAGUUGUGAAUUACACAGACUGCUGUUCUAGCAGAUCGAUGCCCAAAUCGAGACCCCGGCCUGUAUCGCACUUUCGCGGAGUAAUAAGCACAACAUCGACCACUACCAUCUCCACGGUUACCCAGAUCCAGCCGGACAGCUCCUCACCGCCCGAGACAAAAUCGACGGUGACGGACGCACGUUCUCCGGCUGUUGAUGGUGGUGAGCAGCCGGUGGCAAGCUUCGAUUUCCCCAACCGUAGUAUCAACCCUGAAGACGAGCGCUUGAAAAAGAUCAACAAGGAGCAGAAUCUACAGCAGCAGCCCCGUGUAAACGGUGCAUCACCGUCCCGCAGCAUUGGUAUCGGCGACAAAGCGCAGCUGAUGCGCAUGGGCCGCUGUUCGCCACUUUUCGAGGAAAACUAUUGCCUAAAUGGCGGUCAAUGUUACAACUUCACCAUUGCCAACUCGACGAUGCCGACGUGUGAGUGCGCUGAUGGGUAUAUGGGUGAACGGUGCGAAUCAAAGUACCUGGAUGGCACAUACCUGAGCAUGCGCAAGCCGAAGAUUCAGAUCGAAACGGCCGGCGUGUAUUACGGGGCAUUUCUCACCCUGAUGGUAGUGCUCGGUGUGUUCUACUACUUGCACUUUUUCGGCAAUCGUCACCGUCAUCAGCCGCUGGACAAUCGCGCGGCCUUGUUUUGGCGUCUGGUACGAAUGUAAGCAAGUAGUGCAGUGCACCCGUAAUACCUCCGGUAUGAUGCCAUCCACCACCGUUACAUAACCCUCAGUCGCAAAAAACUAAAACUAAGAAAGGAUUUGAAAUUGAACUACAGAAAAUGCAAAUUAACACAAGAAAAUACAAACUUUGCAUCGGUCUAGUUUGCAAACGAAUUACAUAUUGAUCUAUAAUAGUGGCAAAAUUAACCUAGAAAAACAUGACCCACGAACAUGCAUACAACAACAUUCUAUCUUACAACAAUCUAAAAUCAAAAUUAGAAAUCGAGUUGAACAGAAUUUGUGAUUGUUCGCCUGGCGGGGUUGUAAACGUCCGGCGACCGACGGCGAACAUCUGACCUAAGAAGAUCCUUCUUCCUUCUGCCACACGAAUGUGUUACAAAAAUAAUGGUGCUGUCAAUUAGCUUUGCGUUUAUUCCGAUGUGAAAUGUCUAAAUUUACGUGCAAAACCACGACUGAAUUAUUAAAGGAAAGGCUGCCAGAUUUUCAAAUUGCCUAUUGAACGAACUCCAAUAUGAAAAACACCAAUAGCUGCACAAAUACACGUGAAGACAACUAAAUGACGAAUAGGAUAUACUCUAUUUUCAUUCACGCUGCAUUAGCAUUAGGAGAAACACCGCAGCAAACGUGAUGUUUAUCCGUACGCACGACUGCCGUACGAUUCUAGUGAUAAGUUUAGAUAAGACACUAUGAGCGUAGUGAUUAGUAAGGAUAAAUUGGAUUUUUCCAUAACUAAUAUAUAACUCAUAGCUAGAAAACAGCAGAAGGAUACUCGGUGGCUGUGUGUGUAUAGGUGUAGUUGUGAAGAUAGAGUUUUCGAUGAACAGGGAAGAAAAAUCUAUCAGAGUAAAUUUCUUGUGUGUAAAACAUCAACAGUAAUAAAACACGGUAGAGAUGAAGAGAAAGUAAGGGGAUGAUCGAUGUGACUGUUGGUAUCUGCCAUCAAACACACUUCAAGCAUCACAGCACAGUAACAGCCAACACGCACGUAAGCCGAAAGCUAGAGUUAUACCCUUCAUUUUCAGAACAAUUCAUGUACAUAACAAUUGAAAUUUUUCCAUAACUAUCGGUAGGCAGAUAGCGGGAAGCGAACUGAAGUAAUACAUUGAUGUAUAAUAUGCAAAAAACAGUAACCAUCCUGUCUUGGGACGAUACUUCCCCUUCGAUUUUUCGAUUAUCCAACAACCGGGCUAAGGAAAGCUUAGGGUGCCUUACGUUGAACUAGAGAUGAACAAGUUAAACAUGCAUGAUUAUACAAUCCACUAAAUGAACGUUUAUCUAAACACUAAAUGAACAAAAUGAGUAGCACCGCAAAAAUACAUAAAAUCUAAGCAAAAAAUCCAUUCAAGCAAAUCCAUUGGCGUUAUAAAAACUAAAACGGUAGAAAUCCUUAAAACAAUAUUAUGUCAUAUUGGUAGAUUCCCAUCGAGGUGUGGUUUGCUGAACCUCCUUUGUGUAAUUAUCGGACCUUUUCUAAUUUGUUCUUGGUUUUCAUUAGAACAAACAUUGCUCAACAAUUUUUUCAUCUGACCCACUACCAUUUUAUACACCAACGUAGUCGUUACUUUUCGUGAAUCAUAAUUCCGAGUUUGAUUCAUUAUUUUCCUAUUUUGUUUGGUUAUUCAAUGUUUCUGAAAGUCGAUACAAGUAUAAUUGAUAAAAAAUAUUUUUAUAUCUGAACGGUAGUUUAACGGAUUUUUAUAUCUGAGCGAUGCUUUUCUACUGCUAUUGUUCAAAAAGUCAUGAUGAAAACAUGAGCUUAUCUGUAAGAAAUCAUAUCUAUCAAAAACUAUAUAAAGGGAACUAAUUAAAUUCGAUUACCUAGCGUUAACGAACACUAUAAACGAACAUUCCACAGAUUCAAACAACGAACACUCAACUUUGCUUCGGUACAUCAUUGUUGGAAUUGAUCGAAAGAUUUUACCAUUUCACAUUUACCCACACGCAUACACAUUCGAUCUUUUAUUAUACAACAUAGUGUUUCUCGAAAAUAGUUGAUGUAAAUGGUAGAAUAGUCAUUAUGCAUUGUAUUGUUAUGUUUCCCUUUAUUCUGUGGUACGUUUUAGUACUUCUAUGUGUUCUCUUCUUCACGUUCCCAAUCGACCAACAGGGGAUCUUUUAUAACUAUGGUUUAAAUCUUUUAGCUACCGGCUACGGUACGCUUCCGACUAAAACAUAGUGUCUUGUUUUGUCAAAAUUGCAUGAAAAACGGUCAAAGGUUCCUUCAUUAGAAAGCUAUCUGAUUGACAACAGAAGCCGGUUAUGUUUGAUAAUGCCACAUAGAAACAGUUUUCUGUCUACACAAUUUCUUUUCAAUGCUUAAUGGUUGUGGGAAAAUGCCUUUCCCCCUUCCCGAUGAGAUGAUACGAGAAAGAAUAAUGGAAAAGUAUUGAGUAGCACCAUGAAGAAAACAGUAUUAUUGAGUAUAAUGUAAUGACUACAAUGAAUGAUACAAAUUACAUCCUUUUACCAAAAAGGUAACGAAGCAAAACAUUUGUCACGCUGCAUAUGAACGAGUUACGUUAUAAGUAGAGAACGAGACGGGUGAAUGCCUUCAGAGUAGAGAGCGAAGCUUUUCCGCAACGUACUUAAACAAAAUUUAACGCCUCAAUAAUUGCAAAAUGUUUGAACUAUCAUCUCGUUAUUCGUACUUAUUCUUCGAUAAACUUUCAUUUUUCAUCAUCAUUUAGUCUUAACUAUUUGUCGAUUGAUUUUUUUUAAUAGCUUUUAGAUCAUUUUUUUCAUUCUUUCAAAAUCAUUUGUCAGGAAAACGGCGAAUCGUUCGAUGCUUCAACAAACAAGAAACACUUCUUCAAACAUAAACAUUCUAUUUUAAUAAUUAAUUUCGCUGAGAACUACCGAAAGAACGUCAGCGAACUGCCUUAUGAUAGUGUCCUUAGGUAGAUGAAAAGAAAGGCUGAAAACAAAAUAUCGUCUUGCAAAGACCUUGAAACCACAAUAAAUCAUUUGAUAGAUUCUGCAUACACAUAAAUGCAAGUAAUUUCCUACAUAUUUGUGUAGAUAUUUUGUAAAGUUUGCUUAAAAAAUACGGAGUAUUGGUAAAAGAAUCAAUAAAUAAAUGGGCGAACAAAUGUGCGCUAUUUAACAAAAAACAUAAAAUUAUGAUGAACGAUCACUUUAGGAUGGUAAACUUUACUUGCUGAUGUACCAUUCCAUUCCCAAACUAAUUCAAAAAUCACUAUCUUUUUAAAAGCCUACUUCUCAAUGAUCUAAUUAGCGACGGUACGCUUAAUCACCAGCACAUACACAAGCACAUUAUCAACAUUUGGUUCCUAUCGCAUUUAAGUUAAAACAAUGUAUGCAUAUAUUAGCACAUUCUGCGCCAGUUGUUGUACCAGCUGUCGCACCAGUACCAGUUGAUUAAUGUUGAAUUGUUUAAUGUGCUUUUGUUGGCACAGAAGGAAUAAAGCGCAGUAUCAAGCAUCACAUACUUACUAUAAUCGUUGUAGGAAUAUUGUUGAUUACUUCAUAGAGGAAGAAAAUUAACACGCAUACGGGUAAGUGUACCAUACUAGAAGAAAAAAAUGACAAAACGUGACCACAAUAGCGACAACAUAAGGCUUUUCCGUCACACAAACCUUCAACAUCCC